CCAGCAGGAGACUGACUGAGAGAAAUGCCUUUAGUCAUCCACUUUGAGCAUUCUGAACAUUGAACAUGGAAUGUUCAAAUCCAUACUUUAUUUUUUAUAAAUAAGUUAGAAACGAUCUUCGUUUUAUAUUUUCAUUUUGCUUUUCUUACUACAUUAGUAUAACCACUGAAUCGCUGAUUCCACACGCUGACGCACGUGUGCAGGUCAGAAGGAUAAAAUUUGAUACUCUGAAAUCACACAUCGACGAUCCUCUGUUGACCGGAAGAUAAUCGUCUUAUUUACAAACGAUCUUCGGCAGUGACGUCGCGGCAGGCUGGAGCGGGCGGAGCGGACUGGCGCCGGGAGAUUCGAGCUCUGAAGGCGGGUCUGCCUGACUGCAUUAACCGCUGUGAGAAGAAGUAGUAACUCGUCAACACAGCAGCUGGACCCUCUAGAUUUGCUUCUUCGACUUGCUUCUGCCAUGUUGCUAACUACUGUGGAAGUUGAGACCGGGAUCGGCAGCUGUUAAACCCUCACAGAUGGAGGCCAUGGAGGUAGACUCUCCUGUGGAGCUGCAGGGGAUUGGGCAGCCAGAGGGUGGCGUUGCAGCUCCUGCAGGCGAUGCUGAGAACGCCAACGCUGCUCUCGUCAUGUCCGACUCUGGCAGCAGCACUGAAGUAGAUGACGAUGAUGAUGAUGAUGGCAGCGCCGAGGGACAGGCGGCAGCUUAUACUCCUCCAAGGCUUCCUGCCACUUGGGCGUUUAGUCAGAGGGCGGUGGGCGGGGCUACAUCUACGCCGCCAAUACGAAGGAGAGUCAGGCAGGGCCUCAGAGUGCACUAUCCGAGCCAGACUGCAGCGCCUUCUAGAGGCUUUCCAGACUUCCUGCUGCGAGCGCCGGCUGCCAGCACAGCAGAGCCAGAGUCGGGCAGUGCCACUGAAAUUAGUGAGUCUGAGGAUGAGGCAGAGGGUGAAGAAGAGAGCACGGCUGCUGCUGCAGAGCCCAUUGACCCUGUGCCACCUGCUGGGUCUGACCUCAGCGCCACUGUCCAACCUGCUCAACCACAGGAAGCCGCUACGACCAACUCCAGUGGCACGGCAGAAGCCGAGAGGGCAGAAGCUCAAGUCCAGGGUGUUCAGGUGUCCUCAGCAGUUCUGUCUCCCAGUGACGAGAAUGAAGGUGACACCUGCACCAUCUGCUUCGAAGCGUGGACGACGGCCGGCGAGCACAGACUCGCCGCUCUGCGGUGUGGUCACCUCUUCGGUUACACCUGUAUCCAGCGCUGGCUGAAAGCUCAGAGCCCUUCUGCUAAAUGUCCGCAGUGCAACAAGAAAGCAAAGCGUUCCGACAUCGUGCUCCUGUAUGCUCCAAAACUGAGAGCGCUUGACAACACGGAGCAAGAGAGCUUAAAGAAGUCUCUGGAGCAGGAGCAGUCGCUGAGGAGGAAGGCUGAACUGGAGUCGGCUCAGUACAAAAUCAAACUGCAGGUCGUCACCAACAAAUACGGACAAGCACAGCAGGAGCUGCAGGAGCUGAGAGCCCUCAUAACCGAGACGAGCAGGAACCUCUUUUCUUCCACGUCCUCGUCCUCCUCCCAUGUCCUGAGCCUGUCUCAGAGGGCGGACGGCUCCAGGUCAGCUCAGUACAGCUUCUCCAAAGCGGUGCUGGUGUCUCAGGCCGGAGGCUGCAGGGUUUUAUCGUACUGUGAACCUUUGAGCUGCCUGCUGGCCUCUCAGCCGUCGCCUCACACCACGCUGGUGCCCGGGUGCGGGGUAAAGAAGGUCAGUGUGGUGAACAUGAGGGCGAGUCAGUACGUUCCCAUCCACAGCAAACAGAUCCGAGGUCUGUCCUUCAACAGGCAGAACGACAGCCUGCUGCUGUCUGCUGCAUUGGACAACACUAUCAAACUGACCAGCCUGCUGACCAACACGGUGGUUCAGACCUAUAAUGCGGGUAAACCAGUGUGGAGCUGCUGCUGGUGUUUGGACAACAGUAACUACAUCUACGCCGGCCUGAGCAACGGCUCUGUGCUCAUCUACGACACGAGAGACACCAGCACGCACGUGCAGGAGCUCGUGCCGCUGCGCUCCAGAUGUCCGGUGGCAUCUCUGUGUUACGUCCCGAGGGCAGCGUCCAGCUCGUUCCCAUGUGGGGGGCUCCUUGCUGGCUCUCUGGAGGGCGGGUGUUUCUGGGAGCAGGUGAACGAGGCCACCUACAGGCCCCACGUCCUGCCCCUGGAGACCUCUGGCUGCACCGACAUCCAGGUGGAGACGGAGAGUCGACACUGUCUCGUCACUUAUAGGCCCGGACGCUCCAAUCCGUCUCUGCGCUGUGUCCUCAUGGCGCUGACUCGAACCCCUCAGCAGGAGUCGAGUGAGCUGCCCAGCUGUUCCUGCGAGCCGGUGCAGACGUUCAAUGCCGGCUCGUCCUGCAAACUGCUCACCAAGAACGCCGUCUUCAGGAGUCCGGACGGAGGCGGGACGCUGGUCUGCGCCGGGGACGAGGCCUCCAACUCCACUAUGGUGUGGGACGCCAGCAGCGGCGGUCUGCGCCAGAAGCUUCCGGCCGACCUCCCGGUGCUGGACAUCAGCCCGUUUUCUGUGAACGGCGAGCACUUUUUGGCAUCGCUUACGGAGAAAAUGCUGAAGCUCUACAAGUGGGAGUGAAGUGGGAGGAGUGGGUGAACGCGACAAGAGCAGAAAACCAAGAGGCAAACCUCAGUCCCACGAGGAAAGGACGCCAUCUGUGAGGAACUGUGGGAAAUGUAAUGCUGCUAAACUUUUACCUGUGCGUUUACACCGCUGAACAGGUUACCGCGAGUGAUCGGACUGAGGAAGCGUUUCACACUCAUCGCUUCUUCUUUUUGAAGUGAUUCAAAUUACGCAGGCGGAUCAUUUCUGUUCACCAUAUGAGUGUGAUUUCAGGAGCCAAAGAUCAGAUUAAUAAUGUCUGUGUGUGAAAGAAAACAUGAAUGUAGCCCAAACUCGUCUAUCUUUGUCAUGAAAGUGAGUUCGGUUAGUUCAAGCAGGACUUUCCAACACCUGAUGCUAAAUUUAUCAGAUUUUCAGAGUUUCCCCAAAAAUUCAACAUAAGCCCCCCUUUUCUUUUCUUUUCUUUUCUUUUCUUUUCUUGUCCGCCUUUUAAAAAUUUCAGGUUUUCAUUUCUGUCAAACUCUGUCCAUCUCUGUGGCUCGUUAUCGGAGUCAGAUUUUAUUUAGCCCUCUGACACGGAUCACAAAGUGCCAAAGUAAUCUGCUGUCGUUUAAAAGUUUACUUUCUUUGUCUUUUUAAAGGAAGUUGUAUAUAUGUAUAUUUGCCACCAGUUGUUUGUGUACGCCUUCAAAAGUUAAUAAUAAAAAUGUGUUAUUUUUAAAUAAAGUCAAAAU